AUGCGGCUUGUGUGUCUCCCUUGCGCCCAGCUCCAGCUCCGCUGCAACCAGAAGCCUUCAGUCCCUGCUGAGCCGCAGAGCUUGAUCAACAGUGCUAUCAGCAUGGAUGGUCCUCCCGUUCCUUGGUUGCAUCGAUUUGAUAAAGCUUCUCGUCUCCUCAUCUGCACACUGAUGUCUGGGCAUUGGGGGGCCCUGGCUGCUUUCCGCACUCUUCAGCGCUCCCUGUCUGGGCAAGAAGCAAGGCAGGGCUUCAGCUGGUGGACCUUCACAGAGAUUCUGUGUUCUCAAGAGCCCGUCCUCACAGGCUCUGAGGAGACCCUCACCUUAAAACCGUUGCUGUUGCUGCUUCCAGUGUUGUGCCAAAGAAACCUCUUUUCCCUGUUGCUUACAGUACAGUCUACAGUUCCAGAAGCAUGCCUCCAACACCUACUUCAAGCUUCUAGACAGGAUCCCAGCCCUGAUCUAUGGGUGCAGAGAUUGGGGAAUUUACUGCAAGUGAGGGUGCAACAGAAUAGCUCUGUGAUGCCAGUCCUACUAUCUGAUUCAUGUCGGCAGCAGCUGAAAUAUAUUUGCCAGAAAGUUACUUGUGGCAAACCUGGAUUAGAAAGGAAAUUAAGCUGGUGUGCUAAACAGGCAAGGCCCUACAGAGCAUGGACUGGAGAUGCUCCUGGUUCUGUGCCUCAGAUAUGGGAAAAUAAGGAAGUAACUGAGGAACCCCUGGAUCCUGAAGAAAAGAUGCUGGAGAAGAGGUCCAGACUGGAAGUUGAAUUGAAUACAGAACUUUGUGAACCACAUGGUCUAAUGCAGGGAGUUGGAGUUAACACAGGGAAUGAACUCAUGAUGGAGGUGUCUGAGAAUGAAGGUGCUCAUAACACAAGCAAUGAUGUAUAUCAAAGCUGCCCAAAGGAGGAAGCAGAAGAAGCAAAAGUUGCCAAUUGGAGUCCCCAACAGGACACUGCAGCUGAGGUCCCUGAUUAUAUCAAGGACCAUGUACCAAAACUAAAAGAACUUCUAGAGAUGCAGUUUGAUCUUUCUGAUGGGAUUGCUCCGCCUGAGCUACAAGUUUUUAAUGAAUGUACUCCAAGCCAGUUGGAAGUUCUGUGCUCAUUACUGCAGCUCUCAGAGUGCCGAAACAAACUUCUGCAUUUCUGCACUUGGUUAGUCGCACUCUCACCUGAUCUUGGCUAUAGUAACGCAGCAGUUCUUGCUGAAAAGCUCUUUCUACCUCGGGUUCUCUUGUUGACUGAGCCACCUUCCUCGGCCCUCACAACUGCCCUGAUGAUGUUCUGCUCCAAAUUUCGCCCAGUCUGUUGUACCUUGAUUUCUUCAGUUAUACAGGCUCCAGCGAAAGGCCUUGAGCAGAUGAAGCUGGUGUGCAAACUAAUUGAGGAGUGUUUGGAGCCGGAGUUGAGGCUGGUAUUCAGCCAUAUUAUAGAAAUGCCAUGGUCAGAAGAUCUCCUUGUAGCUGUGUUCUGUGCUGGAAGGCAGGUACUGUUACCCACUGAGCCCUUCAACAUGUUGGUCUUGAAUCUUUCAAUGGCUCAAGAAUUUGCCACAUCAAUGCAUUAUGCAAAUCUGGUUCUGACGGUGUUGACCAAAUACCAAAGCAGCAUUACAUUGGCCCAUCAGCGUCGCUUAUCCUGUGCCUUGGACCUCAACAGAACAAUUUUGAAGAAGUCUCUUCAGGCUGCACUGAAGCGAGUGACUUCAAAUAAAGAGGAACCCUGAGUUCCUUUCCUAUGUGGAAUAAUGCUGGAAGGCGACCUUUCUUUAGUAUUGGUAACCAUAAGAUGGAGAAGACUAAAGACCCAUUGAGAGGCUGAGGAAUCAGAGAUGACCUGUGUCUUUUCAACUGUUAACUCUUUCAAUAAGAUGAGACUUUACCA